UAGGAAGAAGCGACGGCGGAAAAUUUUGCCAAUCCUUAUAUCAAACGAAGACGACGGAAGAAGUGGAGAAAGUUAAACCCUAAUUCGUCGAUAGUCAAGAGUGAAAGAGAGAGAAAGAGAGAGAUUGAGUUCUUAUUAGUAGCUGUUGAUUGCUGCUAUUCUAUGCAAGAUCUUGCUAAAGAAGUUGGAAGAAGAUCUGUCUAUUGAUUUUAAAACCACCAGAAGAUCUGUUCUCGCAGGUAGUACGUGAACCCUAGAAAUCAUCCGUUUAUGUGCUUUUUUUGUUUGAUGCCUCUCAAUGAGAUAAUAAGUGAGGGAUUCGAUGGGAGAAACACUAGGGAUCCUUUUCUGUUUGAGGAGGCAUCCAUGGGAAGAACCAUAGAAACAGGUUGAAGAUGGAUGAGUUUUUCUACAAUCGCAAGUUGAUACAGUUUGGCUUUUGUCAAUCGGAAACACGAAACAAUUGCUUGCCGAUCGCCGUCAAGUUGAUGAGAUUGUUAUGAUGAUAAUCUGCGCCUCAAUUGGAUUCAUGUGUCUGAAACUAUUCAUCCGCACAGAUCUGACUAGAUCUGAUGCGACAUGACUUGAAAAUGCUCUUAGUUCCUGGUUUUGUCAUAUACGGUUGUUUUAAUGCCGAGUUGAAAAUUUUCUUAUGCGGGAUUAUUAUAAGUAUGUUUCUGGGGUCCAUAUGAUGAUCAUAGUGUUAAGAGGAAGUAUGUUGGAUCCUAAUAAGCUUUGUUAUUGUUCAUUAAGGAUCUUUGAACCUUUUUGAGCUACUGAGCAUGCAUAUCUGCUAAUACAAAACAAUUUUACCACGUCAUAGACUUGAUUGAGAUCUAUAACAUAAUACUACUGAUGCCCACAUCAUAAUUGCUCGGCUCAUUUAAUUUAUAGUUGAAGAACCCGUUGUUGGGUUGGUAAAUACGUGCUUCAUUCUGCUCUAAACUUCUUGGGGAAUGCAGUGACUUUCACAGGCCAGAGUAGUUUUAGUAUUAGGCCUUGAAAGUUUUUGUAAAUUUCCAUUUUAUGAAAAUGACCUUGACCUCAUCAAAUUGUGGAAUCUACUAUUUAAGCUAUUAAAUCAAGAACUUCCAUAUUCAUUUGCAGAUAGAUGCACUUGCGAUCUGGGUGCUCUUAAACAAAACAAGAAACGCCCACUGCCAGCAUUCUACAAGACAUUUGGUGAAGGACGGAUGGAAGCAAUAGUUCAAAACUUACCAGCAUAGACAAUUUUUCCUCUGUGAGGAAGAUUUGGAAACUGAAGCACAGGGUCUGUUAUAAAAUUUUGUUUUUAUCAGGAGCAUCCAAAAAGUUGGUUAUGCAGAAUUACAAGGGAACCAACAUGUCAGUUUCUGAAUCUGAGAAGCUGGGGAUGACUGGUGCUGGUUGCCGUUUCAUUGAAAAGGUAGAGCAUGUGCCUAUUAAGAAAAGAUGGUUUCUCUUUGGGUCACCAUCUCCUCCACCCAUAACACAAAGUACAGAGGAACCUGAAGGGCUUCAAAACAUCCAGCAUAAAUCGUGCCAAAAUUUUAAUAUGAAUUCUACAAUUGGAAGUGAAAAGAAAGCAUCAGAUGCCACUACUACCUCUGCCGACAUUAAUGGUACUGGUGUUGAUGAUAAGAAGACACACGAUCAAGGUGAUAAUCAAUGCAUUUCUGGUAUUUCUGUGCUUGCUACUGUUGCCUGCAACAAUAACAGUUCUGGAGAAUAUGUUAGUGGAGGUCCUGUAGUAGCAGGAAUGCACAAGGUGCCUGUAAAGACUGAACCCGCAGAAACUAAGAUAUCUACUAAUUUAUUGUCUGAUCAACAACCUUGUUCUAGUAUAGUCUUGCAUGCUCCGGUGAAAACUGAACUUCAUGAUGGUUCUUCGUACCUUCCUAUCCCUGUGAUUUCUUCACAGGGUCCCCGUUUUGACACAAUUCAUACUCUCCUCAAAGAUCAUACCCUGGAGAAUGUUAACCAUGAUGCAUCACAUAAUGUUAACCAUGAUGUAUCGCAAAAUGUUAACCAUGAUGCAUCACAGAAUGUUAUAAGCGGAUCACAUAAUAUUUCAAAUAGAGAUGAUUCUGAUGAGACUGUAAGAGAUGGAAGGUUGCAUUGGGACUUAAAUACUGCGAUGGAUGCAUGGGAUCGCCCUUUGGAUGGUGAUGAACCCAUUAAUGAUAAUAAUAUAGUCGAUCGUCGGCUAACAAAUGUUCCUUCUUCCAUUGUGAGUGUAACACCCAAGAAUGAGGCUAAAUGUAGUGUAAGUAAUACCACCUUGGAUGUUUGUGAUUUCCCAAGGAAGAUAGGAGGAGAUGCUAACAAUAGUAGUGUUGAGAGAGCAUUGGCACCCCUUGAAUUUAAAUCACUGUCUGUUGAACCUCAGGGAACAGAAGUAAAGGAACUGAAAUUAGAUACCAAGAAUAUUGUCAUCUCAAAAGAAAACUCAUCUGCCGAGAUAAAGAAAACUAACUCUGUUUUUGAUAAAGAUAGAUCCGAUGCUUUGCCAAUGCCUUUAUUUGCUAGUACACAUACUUCUGUUCAUGUGCAGGAAACCAUCAAUCCACGGGCUUCUCAGCUAGCUGCAUCAGAUUCUUAUGUGGCUCCAUCUAUCUCUUUUGGCGCAAAUACAGAAUCUCACCCUUCAGAUGCAUGUGAAAGAGUUCAACCUAUUGUGUCAGUUGACAAAACUAUUUACUGCACCGAUGCUAAUAUAAUAGGUCAAGAGCAAAACAAUCCGGCACUUUCUGAUCUUAGUGUUCAUGACAAGCAGACUUUUAAUAAGGAGAGACUUGAGGAAGAUGGCUACAAUCACAAUGAUAUUCAUGCAAGUGAGCUUCGGAUGGAUUAUGACUCUCAAUAUGAAGAUGGAGAACUCAGGGAAUCGAGUAUACAUGACUGGGAAGAGGAUGACGGUGAGGAUUUAGACAUAGAUCAUGUUGACUAUGGGUCUGACAACAGAGACACCAACAAUAUGGAUUCUGAAAACACAGAAUGUAACUCUCAGGUUCAACCUGGAGGUGGUUCCUUUAGAAGUGGAGUUGUUGAUGUAGGAUACCUUCAAGAUGACACAGCAGCAGCUGCAAGCAGCACAGCAGGUUUGAGUGCUCAUUGCCCUGUUGAUCAAGUUGAUGCGAGCAAGGGAUCUGGUUCAAUAGCUGAUGACCAGGCAAUAGGAGACGACGAUAAGGGUGAUGUAAGUCAAAUGAAUGCUGCGGAGAUAGAGACUGACAAGGAUAUUGAUCUGAAAGCAAGAACUUCUGGAUGGGAUCUAAUGCCGCCUAUCAGCUGCAGAAAUUCUUCGGAUAUGGUGAGCGGCGGAGGAGGUACUAGGUUUAGAAACACUGAAAAGGACGCCUUUAGUUAUAAACGGGACAGGUCGGAAGCUGAAAAUAAAGAGAGGAAGUCUUUUGAUUCUGGAGUUAAUAAUAAUAAUAGAUCGGAGAUUUUCUCACGUAUUGAAAGACCAGCAUCGGGUAGAGUCUUUCUUGGCAAAGAUAGACUGGGCCCACGUGGAGACAGUUCCAUUGAAGACGACUCUUUCUUCAGAUCUGAGAGGGAGUUUGGCGGCGUCAGGCCAUUCGGAAGGGGGGGCAGGUACCACCACCCUCUCCAGAGAGGUGGUAGAGGAGAUAAUCUGUGGGGUAAUGAUUCUGCCCCAGGAUAUGAGAGGGGGGGCGGCAUGAAGCGUAUGCGUUCUUCUCCUGGUUAUCAUCACGGUGGAAUGGGAUCAACCCGCCACCCUGGUGGGCCAGGGGACGUUGUGUCGGAUGGUAGGCGAGUGAACUCUCGUCGUUACAACAAUGGAAGAAAUGGUUCUCCGCCAGACGAUAGGAAUGACAAUAAUUACAUGCACAGAGGAGGAGGUAUUAGAUCUGGUGGUGGUGUAGAGAUGAGUCCUGACAGGUGCAUCGGUGUUGGAAGAGGAGGAGGAGGAAGGGGAAGGGGAGGGCGGUCUGGUGCAAGAUAUGGCGGUCCACCACAAAUUGAUGGUGGAGGGCCUAGGGGUGGUGGAAGAUAUCAUCAUAAUAAUAAUGCUGGUGCAAUUGAGAAUGAUAAUGUCGAGAGUUCCUCCAUGAAUAAUAAUAGUUAUAUGCAUCCUCUAUCUGUCAGGGGAGGAGGAAGGAGAAGCUUUUCUCCUCCUCCUGAAAGGAGAGGUGGUAACAACAACCAAUUCGGUCCUAAAUCUCACAUGGGAUCAAGAGCUCGCUCCCCUGAUGCUGGUUGGCAACCCCGCAAUAUGGGUUUCAGAAACCGAAACAGUAGAUCUCCCAACUUUAGACCAAGAGGGGGGAGAUCUUCCCCAUUUUCUUCGCGGCCUGAUUUUGUUGGAGAGCAGGAAUCUGGAGGAUUUGCAGGGGGGCCUUCAAUGGACAGGGAUUCCCCACAAACGUCAAAGUGGAUGAAUUAUAAGCAGCAGCGAGGUGGUGGUGGCAGAGCAUGGGGGAAUGAUGAGAUGAUGGAGUCGAAUAAUAGUAGGAAGAUGAACAAUAACGAGUACGGAAGAUCUGUAUAUCCAACAAGGCAGCAUUCGGAUUUCAACGGUGUUGGAAGGGGGGGAGGCAGGCCGAGAUAUGAUGUGAGCGAUGACAAUAGAAAGGAAUACAGGUUCAGACACGGAGGAGGUUUGAAGAGGUUCCGGUAUAACGAGGUGGGGGGAGAGGAAGAUGAUUUUGGCAACAACUCUCGGGAAAAGGAGGGAGGAAUGGUGGAGUUCCAUAGGAGGACGGCAACGACUGUACCUAAUAAUAAUGUUGGUGCUGCUGCUGCAGCAGCUGCUGCUUACCAUGAGAAAGGAGGAGGUGGUGGGGAGGCAGGUAGGAGAUCAUCCGGUGAAGAAAGAGGUCAUUUUCUUCAAAGACAGGAGAGGAAGUACAACAAUAACAAGUCAGUAGUAGUAGGGAUGCAGGAAUCGGAUGACGACAUGGCGGCGGCUCCUCCCCCGAGGAGGAGGAUUUGGUGAUCGAGGCUCAAAAUAAUAAUCCGGAUGUUUUCUCCUUUUGAAGGGGAAUGAAUAGCAGCAACGGUUGUAUAAACAAGCAAGCAGUAAAGAAAGAAAGAAAGAAAGAGCAGAAUGUUGUUGCUGCUCUCAUGAUGGAUGAUCAUUCAUGCAUUGCAUGUUAUAUUGCUUGUUGUUGAUGACGAAGACAAUGUAGAACAAGUUGAAGGGGGGGAUUAAAAGUAAAACAAGUUAAGAGAAGAAGGGAAUGAAGAGAACCUUUUUAUCUAUCUUACUUAUAUCAUCAUCUUCAAGAAGAAGAAUAGAGAAGAGAUAUUCCAUUAAUGAAGAUGAUAAAUGAUAUAGAGAGAAGAAAAAAAGAGUGUUUUAAUGGAGACAGUUUAGUAAAUACAAUUUUCUUUUCUUUUC